AUGAGCGUGAUCGACCUCUCCAUGUCGAGCCCUGUCUCGGACCCGCCAGAGUCUCCAAAGCCUGGGAAGCGCAAGGCGGAGAGCGAUGACGAAGUAUCGCACGACAAGGGAAAGAAAGCGAAGCCCAAUGGCCGUAUCGAGAUCAAGGGAGGGAAGGUUCAUCUCCGUCAAGAUGCAUAUCAACGGGUGCUUCCCCGUCGACGUCUCCUGAACUUUGAGGGUUGGCUGCUGGACACUGAGGAAGCAGGAACAGCCUCGUCCGCGAUUCCCGACGAGUUCUUCGAUCUCAUUGUCAUGGCUGGACAUGAGCUAUCAUCGAGCUCCGAAGCCAGUUUCAUCAAGAGCCUGAAAGCGGAACUGGUGAAAGGGGAUUCUGGAGACACUCUGAAAAACGAGCUCCUCACGCCGCUUGUCACCCAGCUGUUCACCCUGAAGCAGUACGGCUUUCAGUCUUCCGACUUCGGCGUCUCGCGGAUUCCAGCUCGUCUGCAGAUCCGCUGCUGGGAAGCCAAUGACCUCGACAAGUACUUCCCUGCAGAACGCGUCUCCGAGCUCCUCGCCCGCCGUGCUGAGCGCAUGAGCGACGCCGAGAAGUCCGAGUUCUUGAAGGGCGAGAAGCCGGAGAAGAAAGACGGCAAGUUGGACAUCGACCCCGCUGGCCAGUCCACGCCGUCCACUUUCACUGGCCCCGCGAAGGAUAGGACAACCUGCGAGAACUCAGCAGCGUCCACUAGAGCUCGCAGCGCAUCUCCAUCCAAGCGCUCGAAGAAGUUGACGCCGGCAGACGAGGCGGAGGCGAAGAAGCGCAAGGAGGAGAAGGAGGCCGAGAAAGCGGAGAAGCGCAAGGAUUUGGAAGCGAAGGAGGCCAAGCGGGAGGAGAAACGCAAGGAGCACGAGGAGAAGAAGAAGGAACUAGAGGAGAAGCGGCAAGUCCGCGAGGAGAAGAAGGCGGAAAAAGAGCGCGUCCAGCAGAAGAAGGCCAAGGUGAAGGCCAAGCAGACCAGCAUGUUUUCCAACUUCUUCACGAAGACUGCACCUCCAGACUCGCGGGCCAAGACGCCUGAAGCAGGGCCAUCGGCUGUGAAAGUGAAGGUGUCAGACUUCCAGCUCAUGUUCCCGCCCGUAGCCCAGCGCGUGAACGUCGACUGGGCGCCAAUUAACCAGUUCACAUCCAAGCCUUCCUUCUCCGCUGGUUCGCCCGCCGCUGCUGCUACUUGGACUAAGAAAGACUUCCUUAGGGACCACUUGAACCGCCACAAGCUUCGGCGUCAUAACCCACGAUCUGUGCAUGGUCGCGGACUCAAGUCCGAACCACUCUAUGGAACGGUUGCGCAGAUGUGGUCGGCUUAUCAGGAAGCAGAGGACCCGAGGGCGGUGUUGGAUGAGCUCACCAACAUGCGCAAGUUCCCUUGGAAGACGCUCGCGUUCGAUCAACAGGCCCGCCCGCCCUACGUUGGCACCUUCACGAAGAAGUCGCUGGCUGUUGGACCUCGCACGCCUUUCGCCCAAGACCCCGUGUUCGACUACUCCUACGAUUCGGCCGACGACUGGCAGGAGGACGACGAAGGUGGCGAGGACGUGGACGAGCCUGUCGAUGACGGCGACGACGAGGCUCCGACAGAAGAUGAGGGCGAAUUUGACGACUGGCUUGACAACACGGAGGACCCGAUUUUCUCCAAAGGAGCGGACGGCGACAUCGUCAUGGCAGAAUCUACGCAUUUGGCCUCUCCCAAAAAACGUGUGCCCGUGAAGCGCAUCACGAAGCUCAAUCCAACCUGGCAAGGGCCUGUUUGGGAACAGAUCAUUGCCGGACCAACAGAGGGACUGGACGAAUACCGCAUCCAGCUGCUUAAUGACACUCCUUCCACUAUUGAUCCAUUCAAAUACCAGUCAAGCGACGUGCUGCCUCAGUUCAAGACGACCUUCAGCGACACGGCUGUAGGCAACCAGCUGCGUGUACGGUGUCUCUUGGCCGCGCAGACAACCAACGCACCACAGUUUGCACCAGUCCAGCCUCAGCAAUCGAUGCCGCUAGGCGAUGCUUCCUCAGCUGCGAACACCACCGGCCCGAAGGGACGCAACCCAAAGGUGGCGUUCCCGCAGAAGCACCUGCCCGAAUUCCUCCGCAUCGUCGACGGCAACACGCGGAUCCUGACAGACCUCAUCUCACUUCUCAAGAUACGGUUUGACAAGGUGACGACGAAGGCUGCGAUCGAGGCGAAGAUCCGCGAAGUGGCCGUUCGAGAAGGGAAGAGCAAGGACUCGGAGUGGAAGGUCAAACCAGAGGCUUGGACCGCUGCAGGCGUCGCACCCCCUGUGCGUGGCCUGUCCGCUGCCGGAGGACCAUCGACGGACGCGUAG